CGCGUCCGACGUUUCCCCGACGUCGUCGAGAGAGAGAGAGAGAGGUUUGUUUCUCGCCGCCUCGCGCCAUUCGUGUCACGGUCUUCGCUGCGCGUUUUUUCGCGCUCGUCUCGAGGCCCGGCGACAGUCGCGCGCGCGCAAUCGCCGCCCUCGUGACCGACUCGGGGGUCGUGAGCGAACGCGCGAGCGUCACGGUCCCAGUGUGCGUCUCUCUUCUUCGGGCCAGCAGGACGCGAUCUCGCGACUUGAGUGAAAGUCCACGUGGCCCGUCGCGGUGUGACAGCAGUAGGUGUCCGACAGUGCGCGACGAACGACGCUCGGCUACGUGGUGCCUCUCUCUCGCGUAUCGCAAGUUUGACACUCGAGAUGGAUCGCAGCUCGUAGCUCGUACACCACGGAGUGGCCCCUCGCCCGCCGGAGACGAACGUUUCCCCCGGUGACAGUCUUGCUCGCCGAGGUGUCAGUUGUCGCGCCCGUUAAGAUGAACUGGGUGGACGAUAUGGCUCAUUACGACAGCGAAAGGUCUCUGCAUUCCCUGCAGCUGGAACCGUCGCUCGAUUCGGUUCCCGUCUCCAUCGUGACACCUCCUACGACGCCGACGACGUGUUCCGUCAGUCCUGUCAGGGUCACUGCCACUACAGUUUCUACCCACGUGUCGAACGCUGCAACACCUGAAACUCUUACCGCUACCUCCGCGGCGCCGUCUUCGCUGGACUCCCGUAUACCAAGGCCGUCGCCGACGGCCCUGCACCGUUCCGCCAGUCUGCGCGUGCGCGACGAACGGAUCCCACCACAUUAUUAUACGCGAGCCAGCACCGCGGCCAACACUCCGCACGGCCACCACCAAUACCACCACCACCGUCGUCACAACCACCUACUGCAGUCGCAGCAACAGCAUCAACAUCCGGACCAUCGGAUCUUCCCUGUCAUCACGGAGAAUGGAACCGACUCGCCGCGACAACGAUCUCUCAGUCUCUCACUGACGCCGGCGAGGCCGCGGCCAGGUCACGCGGCCUCUGGAGGAACGACGACGGGAGGCGUCGACGACAGCGAUGCCGAGAGCGUGAAGAGUUACGGCAGUGCUUGCAGCACGGCGAGCGCCUGCGAGCACGCCUCCUUCGCGUUGAACGGCACCACCUGGUCCGGCCGAUCGCGGAAAUAUGUCGUGCACUGUUCGAAUCACAAUGAUAGCGAACAAUACCUCACGCCUACGCAGAGAGCCGCCAGACAAGUCAGGAAGUUUCAGGCUCUGUUGAAGGAUGCACGUAAGGAGAUCGAGGAGAAGGACCGGGAGAUCCUGCGGCUGACGAAGGAGGUCGUGGAGUUACGGUUGUACAAGGCAGCUCUGAACAGUCCGGACGAGCGGACGGACAGCAGCGACGCUCUCACCGUGCGCGAGAACAACCCCUUCUCGCCGGAGUCGCCGAGCAAGGAUCUCCCCGACGAGGAGGGGCUCGUGGAGAAGGCCGCCAGUCCGGAUACUCCGGAGAAGCGCGUAAACGCCGACCUGCCGCCGUCGUUGUCCGACUCCGGCCACUUCGAGGAUGGUUCCGUCCAUUCGAAGGAAUCCGUGUGCCUGCCGGAGGCGCGGCCGGAGAUCGCCGGCGGUGCGUCGACGACUGUCGUCGCCACGGCGGUACCCGACGACACCGAUGCGUCGGUCGCCGCGCCGACGGACCGAGACGAUGAGAGGCGUCGGCUGGUGAAUCAUUACGAGAAUAGAAUCGAAGACAUGCAUAGGCGGCACGUCGACGAGCUGCAGGAGCUCAAACAGAAGCACAACGAUAAGGUGGAGAGCUUGCUGAAUCAAUUGUCCGAGGUCAACACCCGUUACUGCGAGGUGCGGCCGGCCAUGGAUAUCGCGGAGGCUCGGGCACGCGAAUUAGAGGUGGAACUGGAGGCUGUGAGGACCGAACUGAACGAGCAGAAGAGCUUGAUGAGCGAGCAGGAGGAGAGGAACAAGCAAAUGUACCUGAAAAUGUAUACCAAAGGUCAGGAAGCCGCGCGCAUCGAACAGGCUGAUCAGAUAUUCGUGCAGGCCCAUCAAUCACCGCCUAAAGUCACCGUCGCAGAACUCCUUCAGCAGUUGACCGUCACGCAAGCCGAGCUGGAGAAUAUUAAGGACACAAGCUACUCGCCUGAACCUCACAUUUCAGCCGAACAUAGCCAAAGUUUGUUAAGCGCUCAGGAGGCUGUUUCUCUCUGGGUCCUUGGCACACGUAAGGCAAUGUAUCGGCGCAUCGUGGAGGCGAGGAGCAGUCAGGGUACUCUCGACCCGGAAAUCACUCUGCAGUUUCUCAAGUCGGCGAUCUACUAUUUCCUAACUGACAAGGAGAAUCAUCACGGCCACUUAAAUGCUAUUGAAAGUAUCCUGGGCUUCACGGAGGCGGAAAAGCACAACAUCGAUAGACUUUAUCGAUCGGCGAGAAAGUAACGCUUUCUGAGAGCCUUCAAACAUGAAAACGUUAUAUCAUCGUUGACGAGUGGUGUUAGGUUUGUUCGAUUUAAUACCUGAAUUUUCAAAUACUUGUUUUCAUUCUUCGGUAUGUUUUAAGGAAGAUAACGUUUUUGUGUUCGGAAACAAAAGAUGUGUAUGAACUUCAUGGAUAUCUUUUUAUAUAAAUGAAAUAACUUGAGAAAGUUGACGAUAAGCAAUAUGGGAAAUUUGUGCAUUCUUUAAUUCUGGCCGAAUUGAGGCUUGUGAUAAACGCUGCAGAAAAUUUGUAUAUUUGUAUAUUUGUUUAACUGUGAGAAAUAUUUUUUUAGUGGUGACAAUUUCCAUUUGUCUCCGUUAUCACAGUACUCAUGAAGUUUAUACAGAUAUUUUAGGUAUAGUCUGUAUUUUCAUUGGUUUUUAUUUAUAUUUGCGUUACAUUUAAGGCAGGAAGAAAAGUGGAUUAUCCGAUACGAAGCAAUUGAUUAUAAAUUAGCUCGAAACGUAUCUACAAAUUUCGUUACGAUAUUUUAUAAUUCGGACACCAUACGUCACCAUACUUACGCUAGGCCGCUACUGGUUAGCUGGCAACUUUUAGGGGGAUUAGAUUUGAUAGUUCUGGGAUUUAACACUAUAAAUGAUAAACAUACAGCUUGGGAAAGGUUCUAGGAAAUUUAAUUAUGGCUGUGUGUAAUUUCAACGCUCUACGAUGGCCAUGUAUUACAAAUAUAAUUAUACGCAUCUUGUGCGAUUUAAAUGCUCUAAAUUAGUGCGUAUAAAUAUUCUAGUUAUACGUAAAAGAAAAUCUAUUGUCUAGUUAUCGCAAACCAAGUUUUGCUCUUUUACUGAUUAUUACGCAUGCAUCUUAUAUAUACAUAUAUAUCACGAUAACUAUAUGAAACGUUUGAAAAUUGAGCAAAAAGUAUGUGAUAUAGAUGAAGUAUUAUCGAAGAGAAAGAUUUAAAUCGACCUUGAGAAUUUAUCUUUGUAUUAUAUUAUUUGAAAUGCAUGCCCAUCCAUGUACGAGUAUGAAAAUUAUAUAUAUAUAUAUAUAUAUAAUAUGUAUGUAUAUAUAAUACAUAUAUAUAUAUCUUUCUCGUUAUCACGCGGAUCCCUGAACAAAUAGAUCAAAUUUAUUUAUAUAUUUACUUGUUAUA